GCUCUUGAUCAUCAUGUUCAGAAUCAUCGCGGCUGUGCUGCUCUAUUUCUCCACAAGUUUUGCUGAUGAGAAUGUAAAGAAUGCGACAGCGGAGGGCAAUUACUAUCACGAGUAUCUCACUUAUGGUGACUAUAAACCUCCACCACACUAUGGUGGCUACAAUUUUGGAAUUUAUGGCUAUCGUCGGCCUUACGAUCGUCUUAUAAACAGUCACGUCUGCAGUCUGGAAGCAACAUAUGCUGUCUACUCCUAUCCUGGUACUAAGCGUGGACGACCGCAUAUACUCGACUGCUCAUCUGGCUUUUAUGAUUUCCAAAAACGUCUUCUUCAGCAAGAUGAUAAAUACACUCAAGACAGUUGCGACCGAUGCUGCAAACAAGCUGCGCGUCUCGACAAUAUGGUUGAGAGUGAAAUUCUUGGCCUGACGCUUGUCAUCGACAGAAAAGUCAAAUGUGCUUGUUGUGCACCUCAUCGUCCGUAUAUGGAUGUGAUCAAAGUGCCAGUUCAACAUCCGAACUAUCAACCAUACGGAUCACCGCCACCACCGCCACCGCCAGUCUAUGGUCAACCAGUUUAUGUUAAAAAUUGA